GUAAUUAAUGCUUGAUUUGUGAAAGGAGGUGGAAACAAAGGAGAUAAGAGAGAAGAUAAAAGUGGUGAAAUGUAUGUUGGGGUCAAUGGAAGAUGGAGAAAUAAGCGUGUCAGCAUACGACACUGCAUGGGUUGGUCUGGUGAAAGAUGUUAAUGGCGGAAAUGCCCCUCAGUUCCCUUCGUGUCUUGAAUGGAUAGCCAAUAAUCAGCUUCCAGAUGGUUCUUGGGGUGAUGCUAAUUACUUUUCACCCCGUGACCGUCUUCUUAAUACCCUCGCCUGUGUUAUUGCAUUCACUAAAUGGAAUUUGCACCCCGAAAUGUGUCACAAGGGGCUCACAUUCUUUAAGGAAAAUCUAAGCAAGAUUCAAGAUGAGAGUGCCGCAGAAGAUCUAGUUGGUUUUGAAUUUACUUUACCUUCUCUUCUUGACUUGGCUCGAAGUAUGAAUAUUGAAGUGCCAGAUGAUUCUCCUGUCUUGAAAGAAUUAUCAGCUAUGAGAGAUCUCAAGCUCAAAAGAAUACCAAUAGAGAUGUUGCAUAAAGUGCCCACAUCACUACUCUAUAGUUUGGAGGGAAUAAUGGUAAACUUGGACUGGAAACAACUUUUGAAGUUGCAGUCAAAAGAUGGUUCAUUCUUAUUCUCGCCAGCAUCCACAGCCUACGCUUACAUGCAGACCAAAGAUGAAAAUGCUCUCAAGUAUCUCCACAACACUGUUCACGUUUGUAAUGGGGCAGGUAAUUAACAACAGUACCUAUAUA